AUGUCUCACCAACAGAACCCCAAGGCCGAUGUCGUGGAUGAGGCGGAAGACAAAGGUGGCCUAACUCCCAAGGAAUUUAAGCUUAUUGAUGCUGUCUACAAGCACGCGUCCAACACCUCGAAGCCCGUAACCGACUGGGUAGCCGUCGCUGCAGUUGCCGAGUACGCCAAUUCUAAGUCAGCCAGAGACAGAUUCUGGAAGAUAUGCAAAAAAUUCAAUUGGUUCCAAGGCACUAUUGCUGAUGAAGCCUCCACAAAGGCUACCAGCACCCCCAACACCAAGAAGCGUGCUAAAUCGGUAGAGGAACCCGCAGGACUGGAGCUAGAAGGUGUUGCCAAUAGCGGCGAUGCCGAGUCAAGCACUCGCCCGAAAAAGCGCCGAACUACGCCCGCCAAGAAGAAGCCCAUUAUGCCUGAGAAAUUUGAUGAAAAGACGGAGGAUGAUCAGAAGAAUGUGAAGAAAUCGGAAGAGGCUGAUUAA